GGAGCGGUGCGAGGCGGGCCGCAGAGGGUGGCCCCGCACGGCAGCGCCUAGCCCCGACAGCAGCUUGUCCGCCCGGGCAUGGCAGCAGCCCAGCGCUGAGCUCCGCCGAGCCCCCGGUGCCGGUGCCAUGCCUCCUCAGGAGCUCCUGGACUACUCUCCCGCCCUGCGGAGACACAGCCCAACCCGCGGCAGCGGCCCGGAGCUGGGCAUCAAGUGCGUGUUGGUGGGCGAUGGCGCCGUGGGCAAGACCAGCCUGGUCGUCAGCUACACCACCAACGGGUACCCCGACGAGUACCAGCCCACCGCACUCGACACCUUCUCCGUGCAGGUCCUGGUGGAUGGAGCCCCAGUCCGGAUCCAGCUGUGGGACACUGCUGGACAGGAGGACUUCGACUGUUUGCGCUCGCUGUGUUACCCCGACACUGAUGUCUUCCUUGUCUGCUUCAGUGUGGUAAACCCAAGCUCCUUCCAGAACAUUACUGAGAAAUGGAUCCCUGAGAUACGAACUCACAACCCCCGGGCACCAGUGCUGCUAGUGGGGACGCAGGCAGACUUGAGGGACGACGUCAAUGUCCUCAUCAGCCUGGAUCGCUACCACGUGAAGCCUGUGCCUCGGCCUCAGGCAGAAGGUCUAGCUGACAAAAUCCGGGCUGAGGCCUACCUGGAAUGCUCAGCACUGACCCAGAAGAACCUCAAAGAAGUUUUUGACAUGGCCAUUGUCAGUGGUGUUGAGCACAAAGCACGUCAGGAAAAGAAGAUGACUGCCAAAGGCAUCAAAACUCUCUCCAAAUGCCGCUGGAAGAAGUUCUUUUGCUUUGUCUGAAGCUCCUUUGAGGAGGGACAAAAGGAAACACCAAAUGCCAGUAAUGGCUCUACACCUUCUUGGAGUGACUGCUCCUAUGGCCUCAGCAAGGAGGGCAUGAUAAGCUGCUGGGCUUGGAAACCUGGCUCUUGCUGGGUUACAGUAUCAGAUGCCUAGGAGACAUGAACUGGAUUUCCAUUGUGCUGGGAUGUGGAAUGGUCCAGGCAGCUCUAAGUACCUGCUGGACACGUCUGUAGCAUCCCAGAUUAAUGGGAGCCUUUAACACACCAAGACUCAGUACCCCAGAGCAGGCAGGUUCCUUACAUUGCUCGAAAUGACCAGGUUUCUGUCUGAAGCUUUGAGUCCUGACACAGCAUAGUAAAUGUGGGGGACUUGUGAAGUCUGCCUACGCUUGGCUGAUUUACAGGCUUGGCAGAGAGCAAGCAGGGGCAGUUACAGGUGACUGCAGUGUGGUCAGACAUGGGCUGCAGGGUUUGUAGCAUGAGACUUGGGGUCUC